GCCGCUGCGGGGACUCUGGCUCCUGGCGAGAUCCCCGAGCCCCGGCGGCUGGUGCUGGGAGCCCGGAGCCCGGGCUGCAGCCGGGAGAGGGGAAUCUCCAGCAGGGCCCUUCCCGCUGCUCCCCAGGAGCCUCUCCCAGGGCAGAGCCCCCAGCCCGGCCAGGCCCCUUCCCGGCCCGGACCCUGCCCCAGGGGGCCCCGCUCGGAGGGAAGCAUGGCAGAGUCAUAGAAUCAUCUGUCUGCAGGGAGAGAGCCUGGGGGGAAUCGAGGCGUGACAUGGACUCCAGCCCCUUAUGAAACCUCCCCAAUCUUCCUGCUCCACUGACAGGCUGAGAAAUCGCUUCCACGUUUUGCUCCAGAUCGUCCCGUCUUCCAGGAGACAGGGCAGGGAAAUGGCUGUGCUGGAGCCAGCUCAGAUGCCGGUGACCUUCGAGGAUGUGGCUGUGUAUUUCACCCAGGGGCAGGGGGCUCUGCUGGACCCUGCUCAGAGAGCCCUCUACAGGAAUGUCAUGUGGGAGAUCUAUGAAACGGUGACCUCGUUGGGAUUCCCCAUUCCCAAACCUGACCUGAUCACUCAGCUAGAACAAGGGAAAGAGCCAUGGGUGCCCGAUCUUCAGGCCUGUGAGAAAAGAGAGAUCCCGAGAGGCGCCCAAACAGCAGGUUACGAGACAGUGAGUGAAAAAAAGGAUGGGAAUCAACAGCAGGAAGUUUCUGGGCACAGGGAACCACAGGGGACCUUUGUGGGAAGAGCUGAAGGGAAUUUUUCCCAGUGCUCGGAACAGGGAGAAGCCUGGGAAAAUUGGCAGAGGUCAAAGAGUCUGCUGGGAAAACCCUUAAGGGAGCAAAUGGAUGAAUUUGUUAUAUAUGGGGAAGGACACAGGAAUCCCACAGGCCGGCAGACAACCCCCAAGGAAGAGAAAUGCUAUGAAUAUCUUGGUUCUGUUAUGCUUCAGGCAAUAAAUACUGGAGAGAAAACACUUCGAUGGUUGGACUGUGGGGAACACUUCAAUAAGUGCUCAGAUCUUGCUAACCAUGGGAGAAGCCAUGAGGGAGAGAGACCCUCUCAGUACCUUGAGGGCAGGAAUUGUUUGAAUUGGAAGUCAGCGCUGAUUACACAUCAGGAAAUCCACACAAGGGACAGACCACAUAAGUGCUUAGACUGUGGAAAAAGUUUCACAUGGAGAUCAGCCCUUGUUAGACAUCAGGCAAUCCACAUCGGAGAGAGACCCCAUAAGUGCUUGGACUGUGGGAAAAGUUUCAUACAGAGGUCAAACCUUGUUAAUCAUCAGGCAAUCCACACCGGAGAGAGACCCCAUAAGUGCUUAGACUGUGGGAAAAGUUUCAUACAGAGGUCAGCCCUUUUUAAACAUCAGGCAAUUCACACUGGAGAGAGACCCCAUAAGUGCUUGGACUGUGGGAAAAGUUUCAUACAAAGGUCAGGCCUUGUUAGACAUCAGGCAAUCCACCCCAGAGAGAGACCCCAUAAGUCCUUGGAUGGUGGGGAAACUUUCAUACGGAGGUCAGCCUUUGUUAAACAUCAGUCCAUCAACACUGGAGAGAGACCCCAUAAGUGCUUGGACUGUGGGAAAAGUUUCAAACGGAGGUCAGUCCUUGUUAGACAUCUGGCAAUCCACACCGGAGAGGGACCCCAUAAGUGCUUGGACUGUGGGAAAAGUUUCAUACGGAGGUCAAACCUUGUUAAUCAUCAGGCAAUCCACCCCAGAGAGAGACCCCAUAAGUGCUUGGACUGUGGGAAAAAUUUCAAACGGAGGUCUGCCCUUGUUAGACAUCUGGCAAUCCACACCGAAGAGGGACCCCAUAAAUGCUUGGACUGUGGGAAAAGUUUCAUACGGAGGUCAAACCUUGUUAAUCAUCAGGCAAUCCACACAGGAGAGAGACCCCACAAGUGCUUGGACUGUGGGAAAAGUUUCAUACAGAAGUCAGGCCUUCUAAUACAUCAGGCAGUCCACACCGGAGAGAGACCGCACAAGUGCUUAGACUGUGAGAAAAGUUUCUUAUAUAGGUCAGCCCUUGUUAAUCAUCAGAGAAUCCACACAAGAGAGAGACCCCACAAGUGCUUGGACUGUGGGAAAAGUUUCAUACAGAGGUCAGCCCUUGCUAAUCAUCAGGCAAUUCACACAGGAGAGAGACCCCAUAAGUGCUUGGACUGUGGGAAAAGUUUCAUACAGAGGUCAGCCCUUGCUAAUCAUCAGGCAAUCCACACAGGAGAGACACCCCAUAAAUGCUUGGACUGUGGGAAAAGUUUCAUAUUGAGGUCAUCCCUUGUGAAACAUCAAACAGUCCACACCGGAGAGAGACCACACAAGUGCUUAGACUGUGGAAAAAAAUUCCUAUAUAGGUCAGCCCUUGUUAAUCAUCAGGCAAUUCACACAGGAGAGAGACCCCAUAAGUGCUUGGACUGUGGGAAAAGUUUUAUACAGAGGUCAGACCUUGUUAAACAUCAGACAAUCCACACAGGAGAGACACCCCAUAAGUGCUUGGACUGUGGGAAAAGUUUCAGACAAAGGCCAAACCUUCUUAAUCAUCAGGCAAUCCACACAGGAGAGAACCCCCAUAAGUGCUUGGACUGUGGGAAAAGUUUCAUAUGGAAGUCAGCCCUGGUUACACAUCAGAGAAUUCACACAGGAGAGAGACCCCAUAAGUGCUUGGACUGUGGGAAAAGUUUCAUACAGAGGUCACACCUUCAUAAACAUCAGGCAAUCCACACGGGAGAGUGACCCCACAAGUGCUUGGACUGUGGGAAAAGUUUCAUAUGGAGGUCAGUCCUUGUUAAACCUCAAGCAAUCCAUAGAAGAGGGAGACCAUAAGACUCUGGGAAAGGUUUCAGAAACAGAUCAGCCCUUCUAAACAUCAGGCAAUCCAUGCACAAGAGAGACCCCCCCGUAAGUGCAUAAACUAUGGAAAAAUGUUUCAAAUAGAUAUCAUCCCUUGUUUUACAUCAGAGAAUCCACACAGAGAAGUGACCCCAUAACUGUUUAGCCUGUGAAAGAUGUUUUAAAUGGAGGUCAAAAUUUAUUCCAAAUCAGGCAAUACACACAGGAGAGUGACCCCAUAACUGGUUGGACCAUGUGAAAAGUUUCACAGAAAGAUCAAAUCUUAUAACACUCAGAGGAUCCACACAGGUGAGAGAUCCCAUCAGAGCUCAGACUGGAAAAAGUCUCCUACAUAGAUCAUACUUUUUUAAAAAUCAGCUAAUCCACACGGGAGAGAUCUCAUAAGUGCUUAGGCUGUGGGGAAAGUUUUAUAUGGAGCUCAGGCCAUGUUUUACAUCAGAGAAUCCACACAGGAGACACCAUAAAUGCUCAGACUAUGGAGAAUGUUUCAUACCAUGGUCAAGUGCUUGGACCGUGGGAAAGUGUUUUAGAAACACUUCAGACCUACAGAACAUAAGCCAAUCCACACAGGAGAGAGAUCCCAUAACUGUUUAGACUGCAGAAAAAGUUUCAUAUGGAGGUCAGACCUUGCUAAAAAUCAGGCAGUCCACACCGAAGAGAGACCCCAUAAGUGCUUAGACUGUAGGAAACAUAGCAGAAACUGAUCAGUCUUUGUUUUACAUCAGGGAAUCCACAAGACGCCGUAAGUGCUUGGACUGUGGCAAAAGUUGUACACAGAGAUCACACCUCAUUAAACAUUGGAGAAUUCAGACACGAUCUAAACUUCUGUGACACGUGGCCCGAAAGAGUUAAGAACCUUGCAGGCUAAUUGAUCAGCUUCAACUUUUAGAAACUGGUUACACAUCAGAGAAUUCACACAGGAGAGAGACCCCAUAAGUGCUUGGACUGUGGGAAAAGUUUGUAAAUGGUAUCUGGGGCCAUUCCAAGAAAUAGAGAUUAGAACUUUGAAAUGUAAACUGGGUGUUUUUAAAAAAAUUGGAAGAAGUUGAUUAAUUGCAGUUAACUCACGUGAUUAAAUCAAAAAAAUUCAUUGUGGUUAGAAAAAUUAAUCUCGAUGAAUCACAUUGUUAAACAGUAGAAUACAAAUAGAAAUUUGUUAAAUGUUUUUGGAUGUUUUUCUAUGUUUUCUUAUAUAUUGAUUUCCAUAACAACAAAGAGAAAGUGUACAGUGCUCACUUUAUAUUAUUUUUUAUUAUAAAUACUUGUACUGUAAACAUGCAAAACAGAAGUAGUAUUUUUCAGUUCAUCUCAUAAAGGUACUAUAGUGCAAUCUCUUUAUCAGGAAAGUUUAACUUAGAAACAUCAAUUAUUUUAAUGAUAUAAGUGCAUUCAAAAAUAAAGCAAUUAAAAACUGUAUAGCCUAGAAGUCAACUCAGUGCUACUUCUUUUUCUGCCACUCGCUAGGACAAACAAGUUUGUUUACAUUUACGAGAGAGAAUGCUGCUUUGUUUCUAAUUUAUGAUGUCACCUGAAAGUGUGAGAAGGUGUUCGCACGGCACAUUUGUAGCUGGCAAUUCAAGGUAUUUAUGUGCAAGAUAUGCUAAACAUGCAUAUGUCCCUUCAUGCUUCAGCCAACAUUCCAGUGGACAUGCUUCCAUGCUGACGAUGCUCAUUUUUAAAAAAAAUGCAUUAAUUCAAUUUGUGACUGAACUCCUUGAAGGAGAAUUGUAUGUCCCCUGUUCUGUUUUACAAAGCUUCGGCUGGUGGCAUCUGACUCAGUUGAUGAAAAUGAGGAUGUGUCUGUCUGGUCUGCUUUGGAUCGUUAUCGAUUAGAACCCAUCAUUAGCAUGGAUGCAUGUCCUCUGGAAUGGUGGUUGAAGCAGGAAGAGACCUAUGACUUUUUAGAGCAUCUGGCACAUAAAUAUCUUGUGAUGCCGGCUGCAGUAGUGCAAGGAGAAUGCCUGUUCUCACUUUCAGGUGACAUUGUAAACAAG